CUAAAAUCUAAAACCAAAACAGUUUCGUUUAACAACUCAUUGAAUCAACAAUGAAAUUUCUACUUUUCAUAACAUUAAUUUGUGUCCUUGUAGUGGCCAAUAGAGCCGCUGUGGGCAGAGGUAUCUAUAAAGAUCCAGCACACCCUGGUAAAUGUGUAGUAGAUGGUUCCAUAUUAUCGCCUGGUGAAGAAGCUACUCAUAAAUCUCACUGUUACCGAAUGAUUUGUGGCAAUGAUGGCAUGGUCACUUUCCAUACUUGUGGCGUUGCAGCACCACCACCAGGCUUUAAAUUAGGUGAUCCCAUUAUGCCUACAGAGCCUUAUCCAAAUUGUUGCAGGAAGGCUUUUAUUCCGAUUUGAUAGAAAUAAAAUAUUUAAAGCAUGUGGACAAUAAUUUUAAUAAAAUUAGUAUGAAUUACAACUCAAUAAACAAA